ACAGGGAUCUUUUCUGCAGACGGGGAACUGUACACCGGGACAGUGAGCAACUUCCAAGGCAACGAGCCGACCAUUUCCCGGAGCCACAGUAGCCGCGUGGCCAUCAAGACCGAGAACUCCCUCAGCUGGCUGCAAGACCCUUCGUUUGCGGGUUCCGCGUUCCUCCGCGAGAGUCUCCCGCCCAGCGAUUCCCAGGAGGACGACGACGACGACAAGAUCUACUUCUUCUUCAGUGAGAGCGGCAAAGAAUUUGACUUCUUCGAGGACACGAUUGUGUCACGCAUCGCACGCGUGUGCAAGGGCGAUGUCGGAGGCGAGCGGGUGCUCCAGAGGCGCUGGACAACCUUCCUGAAGGCGCAGCUGCUGUGCUCACGCCCCAGAGAUGGCUUCCCCUUCAACGUGCUGCAGGAUGUGUUUACGUUGACUCCUGGCGAGCGCUGGCUGGAAACCGUCUUCUACGGGGUUUUCUCCUCUCAGUGGGAUAGGAAGGGCAGCGUGGGCACCGCAGUGUGUGCCUUCUCCAUGGCUGAUGUGAAGGAAGCCUUCAAUGGCCUCUACAAGGAAAUCAGCCGAGAGACGCAGCAGUGGUACACGGACACCCACCCUGUGCCGGAGCCUCGGCCUGGAGCGUGCAUCACCAGCCGCGCACGCCACAUGAAGAUCACCUCUUCGCUCCAGAUGCCCGACCGGGUGCUCAACUACCUGAAAGACCACUUCUUGAUGGACAGCGCCGUUCGCAGCCAGCCGCUCCUGCUGCAAGGCCAGGCUCACUACCAGCAGAUCAGCGCGCAGCGUGUCCAGGGCCUGCACCGCACCUACGAUGUCCUCUUCCUGGGUGCAGGUGAUGGACGGCUCCACAAGGCUGUGGCGAUGGGCCAGCAGGCGCACAUCAUCGAGGAGAUCCAACUCUUCCCCGUGGGGCAGCCUGUCCUCAAGCUGUUGCUGGACCCCACCCAGGGCCUGCUCUACGCUGCCUCCUAUUCUGCACUGGCACAGUUGCCGGUUGCCAACUGCAGCCGCUACCGGAGCUGCGGGGAAUGCAUCCUGGCUCGGGACCCCUACUGCGCGUGGAGCGGAGAAGCCUGCCGGCCUGUGCCUCUUUACCAGCAGCAGCCUGCGGCGCCCUGGGCCCAGGAUAUCGAGACAGCUGCUGCAGAGCAACUUUGCCAGACCGGACACGAAGAGCUCAGCCAAUCAACAGCUGCGAAGUGCCAGCCUCUGUGGCUGACCCCCAACGCGGUGAAGCUGCUCCCGUGCCCCCGCCUCUCCAACCUGGCCUCCCGCCAGUGGGUGCGGGAGGGGGCUGCCCUGAACGACUCCUUCCUGGUGCUGCCCAAGGGGGAGCUGGUGCUGGUGGGCAGCCCCGACCAGGCCGGCCACUACGAGUGCUGGUCUCAGGAGAGGGGCUUCCGUCAACUGAUGGCCAACUACUGCGUGAGGGUGGAGCUGGCAGCGCCCGAUUGGCUCGUGCCGCCCGAGGGUCCGCUGGAGACCAUCAGCACUUCGCGGAGCACCUCUUCCGUGGCGGCAGCAGCGGGGGGCAUCGCGGCCCUGCUGGAGGGCAAGACCUACUGGACGGAGUUCCUGGUCAUGUGCGUGCUCUUUGGGCUGAUGGUGACGCUCCUGACACUCUUCGUAUUGCACCGGCACCAGAACGCCAUGAAGGGCUUCCUCAAGCAGGGCAGAUGCAACAACGCCCACGCCAAGAAACUGUGCAAAGCAGGGCUGCCCACGGAAAGCCUGCCCCUCAACGGCACCAGCGCACCCAGCACCUUGCCAGACCACAAGGGCUACCAGACACUCGAUGACAGACACGUGGCGAGCACCCCUCUGCGGGACGCCCAGGCGCCUCCCGGCAUGGCCUUCCUGGAGGCCGACCAGCAGCCACGGAACGUGCACGAAAGCUUCGUGGAAAUGCUGGUCCCUUCGCAGCGGCUCCGCGUGCGCCUCGGCUCAGAGAUUCGGGACUCAGUGGUGUGAGCAAGCAGUUCUCCCUCGGUGGAUCCCUGGGGCUGGAUUUCUAGUGCCAACUGACCCCCACCCCCGCUCUGAACUGAGCCCAGCACUGGAACAAGCCGUGGGAGAUGCCCCCCCAGACUGUGGGGCGGCUGGAUUCAAGGGCUGCUGCUGCCGCCACAGGAGGAGAAGGAGAUGUACAGUCUGUUGGGUCCCAGCAGCCUCUUUUGCUAAGAGGGGCCGUUGAGGUUGCAAAAGGAAUGUUUCUGGGCUGCACCUGCAGGCUGCAAGAACUCGGAACACCUGCAACCAGCCCCUGCAGCAGCAGCAGCAGCAGGCGACGCAGCCCCUGGCGGCCCCCACCCGGGCACUGCUGGUAGUGGGAGAAAUCUGUCCAGCUGCAGCUAUGGAGGCGAGAGAGAGGAGCCGAUGCUGAAGGGAAGGCCGGGCAUUUGCCCAUCUGUUGUUGUAGAGAACUGGCCCUUCUUUGCGGGCUUGGGGGGGGGAAGUCCGUCUAGCCCUGUCUGAUGACUCUCUUUGACCUUCCGGUUGUCUGAAUGCCUCAAAAUGUGAAUUCUUCCUGGCUGGAGCCACUCCAGGGUCCCGAUGCCCCCCCCCCCCUUCCCCUCGUUCUUGCACAAGAAGCUGUCUUUGCUGGGUGUGUUUACAUAAAGCGAAUGUGUGUUCUUUG